GCCACAACGCUCCACCACAUCACACACACCAUGUCCGAGCCCACCAAGCCCGCUGCCCCCGCUGCUGAGGUGCCCGCUGCCGCCGCCCCCGCUGAGGGCGAGGCUGCCGCUGGCCCCAGCAAGUCUGAGCUCAAGAAGCAGGCCAAGGCGGCCGAGAAGGCCAAGAAGGCCGCUGAGCGUGCUGCUCGCGAGGAGGAGGAGAAGAAGAAGCGCGAGGCUGCCGCUGCUGUCGACCACGCUGCACAGAACUAUGGCAAGCUGCCGCUCCACCAGUCUCAGGAGCGCCUCGGCCGCGAGUGGCUCUCGUUUGAGAAGCUCACCGACGCCGACGUCGGCAAGGAGGUCGUCUUCCGUGCCCGUCUGCACAACAUGCGCCCCCAGGGUGCCAAGAUUGUCUUCCUCCAGCUCCGUCAGCAGAUCGAGACGCUCCAGGGUGUCCUCGUCGCCUCGUCGAGCGAGAGCGACCCCCACCAGGUGUCCAAGCAGAUGCUCAAGUACGCCCAGCAGAUCCCCGCCGAGUCGAUUGUUGUCGUUGAGGGAGUGAUCAAGAAGGCCGAGGUCAAGUCGUGCACCAUCCAGAACUACGAGGUUGGAAUCUACAAGCUCCACACCCUCGUCGAGGCCGAGCCCCUCCCCUUUUCGAUCGAGGACGCCUCGCGCUCCGAGGCCGACAUUGAGAAGGGCGAGAAGGAGGGCAUCCAGUACUCCAAGGUAUCGCUCCCCACCCGUCUUGACAACCGUGUCCUCGACCUCCGCACGCCUGCCAACCAGGCCAUCUUCCGCAUCCAGUCGGGUAUCUGCCAGCUGUUCCGUGACCACCUCAACGGCGAGGAGUUUAUCGAGAUCCACUCGCCCAAGCUCCAGGGUGCCGCUACCGAGUCGGGUGCCUCGGUCUUCAAGGUCCAGUACUUCAAGGAGACCGCCUUCCUCGCCCAGUCGCCCCAGCUUGCCAAGCAGAUGUGUAUCGCUGCCGACUUUGGCAAGGUCUACGAGAUCGGCCCCGUCUUCCGUGCCGAGAACUCGAACACUUACCGCCACCUGACCGAGUUCAACGGUCUUGAUCUCGAGAUGGCCAUCACCGAGCACUACCACGAGGUUGUCGACGUCCUCGACAACCUCCUCAUCUCCAUCUUCAAGGGCCUCGAGGCCAAGUUUGAGAAGGAGAUUGAGGCUGUCCGCAAGCAGUUCCCCUGCGACAAGUUCACCUACCUCGACAAGACUCUCCGUCUCACCCACAAGGAGGUCGUCAAGAUGCUCCAGGAGGCUGGCGCCAAGGACUCUGAGGGCAACCUUAUCGGCGACCAGGAGGACCUUAGCACUGAGAACGAGCGCUUCCUUGGCAAGCUCAUCAAGGAGAAGUACAACACCGACUACUUCAUUGUCGACAAGUUCCCUCUUGCUAUCCGUCCCUUCUACACCAUGCCCGACCCCACUGACCCCACCGUCUCCAACUCGUACGACUUCUUCAUGCGCGGCGAGGAGAUCCUCUCGGGUGCCCAGCGUAUCCACGACCCCAACUUCCUGGUGCAGCGCAUCAAGGAGCUCGGCGCGGACCCCGCGUCGCUCGAGGACUACGUCUCGGCCUUCCGUCUCGGCGCUCCUCCCCACGGCGGUGGUGGUAUUGGUCUCGAGCGUGUCCUGUUCUUCUACCUCAACCUGCAGAACAUCCGCAGGGGAAGCUUGUUCCCCCGCGACCCUGCUCGCCUGAGGCCUUGAGCGCGUCGUGCAUCGUUUGCAUUGAAGGGGUAUAUCUGGCUUAGAGAGUCACACAAAAGGCCGCACCCAGUGGUCUAGCACAGCGGCUUGCCUCAUGCAGAGAGUUGUCGUGAUACUGGUGAUAACAAAAGGUGGAGGUACUAACCUCGGCCGGUGCUGUAGUGAUCGCCACUGUCGGAAGGAGCUUGCACCAGGCCUCUUGAUCCGGCGUUCACGGGUUCGAUUAUUGGCACAGGCGACCAGGCGGGCGAACGCCACAGCUUUCGCAGCGACGCUUCCGACUGUUCACAGCAGAAGCGUGCGUCGUGCGUCCCGUCGGUAUGGCUGUUCGGUAACGAGGAGGCGAGUAGCGAGGGGGCAACGGGCGGCGAGCGACGGGCAGGUCGACGACGAUCAACAG